CCACUGCCGUUAGAUGGCACUAGCGUGUGUAUUAAGCGUAGAAGAAGAAACCACUUCCUAGUGAUGUAGUGUGUGUCGUUUUGAUGUUAAACUAGCUUCAAGAAUGGUGUUUUAAUUUCUGAAAUGAUGCCAUUUAACUUUUUGAGAAUGGGCUCUUAUUGUAAAUUGGUGAACGCAAGGUGGAUCAUGACAAGUCGUUUCGGAGCUGUUACAUGUUCCGCCCACUGUAUGGCUAUGAACCCAGCAACGAAGGACACAUGGAUCAACAAGACGAACUUUGCACUCUCUGGAAUGAAAACACAGCGGAUUUGCUACUUCAAUAAAGUGACAUCAUUGAGAAGUUACUGCACGGGAGAAAUUAAACUCAACUGCUGGAGGUGUAAAGUACCUCUUGACAAAUCACCUGCAUUCUUCUGCUCGUCAUGCAAUGUAGUACAGCCGCCUGAAGAAGGCGUAUCUUUUUUCAAGAUCAUGGCCUGUGACUUCACAUUUGCACUGGACAUUAAAGCACUGCAGAAAAGAUACUUGCUGCUCCAACGCUCCCUGCAUCCAGACAAUUUCAGCCAGAAAUCUGUGGAAGAACAGGAGUAUUCAGAACAUCAGUCAGCCCUUGUCAACAAAGCCUACAAGACACUGCUGAAGCCUUUGAGUCGCGGCCUUUAUAUGUUGGAGCUGAAGGGGAUGCGCAUCGACGAGGGCACAGAUUCUGGGGCGGAUGCUGAAUUUCUGAUGGAGCUGAUGGAGAUCAAUGAAGCACUGGAAGAGGCGCGGACCCCAGAAGAAGCCGAUAAGAUCAGUCGAGACACAAAAGGGAAACUUUUAGGUUUGACAGAGAAGAUAGACGCCGCCCUCCGUGCAGGAGAGCUUCAAGCUGCCAAAGCAUUGCUUGCCCAAAUGAAAUACUUCUCAAACAUCGAGGAGAAAGUUAAGGAGAAACUUUCUGACUUUAUGUAAUUUCUUUGUCACUUUGUUUUCAGCCACUUCACUGAAGCAUCAUGAUGGAACUGAACUGAGGUUUUAAUAAAUACGGUAUACCAUGACUUUAUAUGUUAUACCUUAUUCCUGAGCAACAU